AGACCAAAGUAGCUGCUCAUCGAUAUUUGUUGUCAAUGUCGUCUGCUGUUCUACGCAGGCAAGUUAAGCCAUGGCUUUGGUAAAGCAAAGUUGUAUUAUAGCUGGUCGGUUCGGUAACAACCGCCUUUGGUUGACACCCAGAUGCAACCCCUAUAUAUAUGCCAGUGGACUCAAAACAGUGGUCAAACCCUUGCCGACAAGGAAUGACAGAAAAACGGAGUUGCUAAAUGACGAUGGCCCUGAUCUGCAAGACUUCCUUUCUGGGGAACUCGCUGAGAAGAGCAACUGGGAAGAGUACAAGGGAAACCUGAAGAGGCAGAAGGGAGAGAGGCUGCGGCUUCCUCCAUGGCUCAAGACAGAGAUCCCUAUUGGGAAGAACUUCAAUAAACUGAAGAAUACAUUGAGAGAUCUCAAUCUGCACACAGUGUGUGAGGAGGCCAAGUGUCCCAACAUAGGGGAGUGCUGGGGGGGAGGGGAGUCGGGCACAGCCACAGCCACCAUUAUGCUGAUGGGCGACACGUGUACGCGUGGGUGCAGGUUCUGCUCUGUGAAGACAGCCCGCCUGCCUCCCCCCCUGGACCCAGAUGAGCCCUACAACACAGCCAAGGCCAUAGCGGCCUGGGGGCUGGACUACGUGGUCCUCACCUCCGUAGACAGAGACGAUAUUGCAGAUGGCGGGUCGGAGCACAUUGCUAAGACGGUGGCUAACCUGAAGGAAAUGAACCCUCGGAUCCUGGUGGAAUGCCUCACCCCGGAUUUCCGCGGCGACCUGCCGGCCGUGGAGAAGAUCGCCCUCUCAGGUCUGGACGUGUACGCCCACAACGUGGAGACGGUGCGGGAGCUGCAGAGGCACGUCCGUGACCCCAGGGCCAACAUCGACCAGUCCCUGAGCGUUCUGAGGCACGCCAAGAAGGUCAACCCGCACAUCCUCACCAAGACCUCCAUCAUGCUGGGCCUCGGGGAGACGGAGAAGCAGAUAGAAAGCACCCUGGCAGAGCUACGGGAGUCGGGGGUGGACUGUCUGACCCUGGGCCAGUACAUGCAGCCCACCAAGCGCCACCUCAAGGUGGAGGAAUACGUGACCCCUGAAAGUUUCGCCCAUUGGGAGACGGUUGGGAAGGACAUGGGCUUUGUGUACACGGCCAGCGGGCCUCUGGUGCGCUCCUCUUACAGAGCAGGAGAGUUCUUCCUGAAGAAUCUGGUGGAGAAGAGGAAAGCAGAAGGGCGCGCUCUCGCCGAGUAACAAACACCACCCAGGGCCGGGAAUGGUGCCCUUUGACCCCUCUUCUUACCCUCACUAGCUCCUCUGUGAUUAGCUGCUUUUUACCAUGUGUUACAAACACCAACGGUUUUUUUUAAAUAAAGCCUAGCCACAGCAAAGAUACUUUAUUUUAUUAUAAGAAUUCCAACAUUUUUAAACUCCCUGGGGGUCUGGUGGCGAUUCUUUUUAGAUUUUGCGUCUAGGACAGAUGACUCCUCAAUGCCUAAAAAGCGCACAAUACUUCUAUAAAAUAAGCUAUUUAACGUGUGCGUACACCAGUCUAUCUUUUCUCACAGAGUGAGCCGGAAUGGUUUCACAGAGCCUCUUAACACCAGUAUUACGCCGUAGGAGUGAGAUGUUUCCCUAAAGCCGAGAGGCCCCUGCGUCGCUGCCAAUACACACAAGCUGUUUGUUUAUGGAGAUGUAGUGGAGGUAGAACCAGCAGGGACUGACCCCCCCCCCCCCUUUGUUAAGUUCAGUCCAGGCUACGUGGUAAGACAUGCAGUGGGGCCAAAUGACACAACAUGAGGAAGCAAACAUACAAAUAGAGGGAAAAACCUACAACAUAUCGAUUUUUCACUACCCGGGCCUCCCGAUAUUAUAAUAGGGGGCGUGAGAUGGAAUCCACUGAUGAAUCUGGUCAGUGUCUUAUUGAGGCUGUGUACCCUGUAACCAUUCCCAGGUCAGAGGUCAAACAAACUCAGGCCUCAGGAUGCUCUCUUCCAGAUCAUUCUCUGGACCUCGCCCUCUCUUCAGGGCACUAUUGACCCCCAGGGAGAGAGAACCAUUGAUGGUUAUCCGGAAGAUGUAAUCAAAAUGAAAGUUUUAGGGACUCAUCCAAUUAUAAAAAAGAACAAACACUCAGAAGAUAUAUUACUAGUGACUGAACCUUUGUAAUAACUUAUUGUGCAAUAAAAUGAUUCAAACGUUUAUCUUCUCCAUCUGCUUUUCCUGGGCU